AAAAGAUGGACAGUAUAUAAUCUUUAGGAUAUCAAACCCUUUUAACCAAAAAAAUAUAUAUAAUCUUUAGGAUAUCAGUGUUGAAUACGACUUAAUUAUCAUGUUGCCAAAAAUACAAAAUAGGACAAUUUAAUUUGGUCGUACACUUUAUUAAACUUUCUGUUGACUAUGACCAAAACAGUUGAUUAAAUAUUUUACAGUGAUAUACUCUAGAUUAAAUAUUUUCGUGAAACACGGUCAACCUUUUUAAGAAAAUAGAAAUUACAUUUCCUUGUGAAUUAAUUAAAAAAAAUUAACACCGUGAUAAUCAUGAACUGAAGCAAGAAUAAAAUAAAAAGAAAAUCAGCUAAGCAUUGGAGAGAAGAAAGAAGGCAAACCAAACAAGGCGUUAUAAAAGGAGGAAGAAAGUUCCAAAAGAAGGAAGAAGCAAAUUAGCAAAGCCACCAAAAAUGGAAAACUGCUACUUAUAGUAACUCCAUCUUUUUAAAUGCAAUACCCUAAUUUUGGUAAUACUUUUCUUUUCCUUCCUUAGCCCCCUCCUUCCUCCUUUCCCAAUUGUCAUCAUAUAAUCAAAAUCAAAACUCCUUUAUAUACAUAAUAAUAAAUACACACAAUCUCUUUAAAGAAAAAAGCAAAGGGCUUUACUAACUUCCCUCUCUCUCUGUUUUCGAUUGAUUGUUUUCAGAGAUGGGGAGAGGAAGGAUAGAGAUAAAGAAGAUUGAGAAUGUGAACAGUCGCCAAGUCACUUUCUCCAAGAGACGCAACGGGCUGAUGAAGAAGGCCAACGAGCUUUCGAUCCUCUGCGACGCCGAGGUCGCCGUCAUCGUCUUCUCCAGCACCGGCAAGGCUUACGAUUUCUCCAGCGGAAGUAUGGAGCAUAUUCUGUCUAGAUAUGGAUACAGUGCUGUUACGGCUGGUCAUAGACAAAGAGAAGAACAACAACAGCUUCUACUUUGUUCUUCUCAAGAUAAUGGUGAUGUGUUGCGGACAGAUGAACCUUUGAGGAGCGAACUUGAGAGGUUACAGCUUGCUAUUGAGAGACUGAAGGGUAAGGAGCUUGAGGGUAUGAGUUUCUCGGAUCUUAUUUCUCUUGAAAACCAGUUGAGUGAUAGCUUGCAUAGCGUCAAGGAUCGAAAGACACAACUCUUGCUCAACCAGGUAGAAAGAUCUCGGUUACAGAGAGCUCUGGAAGAGAACCAAAUCUUGCGUAAACAGAUAGACAUGUUGGCGAUGUCAGGACCAAAACCGUUGAGUGAAAUACCUCAAUUCUCUAGCCCGCAAGCAGAGCCUGAGAGCUCUUCAUCAGACGACGAUAACGAAAAUGACAACGAGGAGCACCCUUCCGACACUUCCUUGCAGCUGGGGUUGUCUUCAUCAGCGUAUUUUGCAAAGAGAAAGAAGCCAAAGAUCGAACCUCCCUGUGAUAACUCUGGAAGUCAAGUGGCGUCUGACUGAUUGAGAUAUCAAUCAUUCUUCUAAUUAUGGUGUUUAGUAGUGGUUUUAUUGUGCAUUCUCCUUUUGUUUCAUGCUGCCUGGUCUUUUGGUGUACAUUCGUAUCAAGUAGAGUUUAUGUUUUUAGGGUAAUCAAACAUUAGUUACUCUGGUAAAAGUUUCUAACAGAGAAGAAACAAAUCACAUUAAACAUGAAGAUGAGAAUGAUUAAGGUGACAACCA